AUGACACUGCUGCCUGGUGGAGGGAGUCGGCAUCAUCUCCCAGAAAUGACCAACAUCUCCACUGUGACUGAGUUCCUCCUCCAGGGGUUCUCUGACAUUCGGGAGCUGCAGCUGCUCCAUGCCACGCUGUUCCUCCUUGUCUACCUAGUGGCCCUUCUGGGGAAUCUCCUCAUUGUUGCUGUCACCACUCUCGACCAGCAUCUCCACACCCCUAUGUACUUCUUUCUCAAGAACUUGUCCUUCAUAGACCUCUGCUACAUUUCUACAACGGUCCCCAAAUCCAUCGUCAACUCCUUGACCAGUGACAGGUCCAUCUCCUUUCUGGGUUGUGUCUCACAGCUCUUCCUACUGGUCUUGUUUGCCGCUUCAGAGUUUUUUCUCCUCACUGCAAUGUCUUAUGACCGCUAUGCCGCCAUCUGCUCCCCGCUGCGCUAUGAGCUCAUCAUGAACAAAACAGCCUGUGUGUGCAUACUAGCAGCAUCAUGGCUCAGUGGGGGUCUGUUUGGAAUCUUGUUUUCAGCUUCUACCUUCUCCCUGACAUUUUGUGGGUCCAAUGCUGUUCAGCAGUUCUUCUGUGAUGUCCCCCCUCUGCUGAAGAUCUCCUGUUCUGAAGUCCACAUUGCCAUUGACGUGAGUGUGGCCGCUGGGUCAGUCUUAGAUGCUGUCUGCUUCAUUUACAUCAUCCACUCCUACGUCUUCAUCUUCUCAGCCGUGCUGAGGAUGCCGUCCUCCGAGGGCCGAACCAAAGCCUUCUCCACCUGCCUGCCCCAUCUCACUGUCAUCACCAUUUUUCUCUUUACCACAGCAUUUUCCUAUCUCAAACCAACUUCAGACGCGCCCUCGGCUCUGGAUCUGCUAGUUUCCAUGUUCUACACUGUGGUGCCCCCCACUGUGAACCCCCUUAUCUACAGCCUGAGGAACAGGGACCUGAAGGCUGCCCUGGGCAGGAUCUUAAGGGGACAUUCCCCCAGCAUUCAUGCUGUGACAAAAUGUCUGUGUCCAGGUACCAAUAAUCCCCUACCACUCCUUAAAAGAGGAAUUGCCCUUGGACUUAACGAUAUAUACCACUGGCCCAGAGGCCCAAAGAUCAAUGGCAGCUUUAUCUUUGGGGAGGGGGACUCGCGGGAUAACAUCUCCCUGCCCAGAGACUCUCCCUCCGCUCUGGAUCUGGUGGUUUCCAUGAUCUACAGUGUGGUGCCCCCCACUAUCUCCUGCUCUGAGGACCACAUUGCCAUAGAUGUGAGUGUGGCUACUGUGAUAGUCUUAGAUGGCAUCUACUUUUUUUUCGUCAUCUUCUCCUAUGUCCACAUCUUCUCAGCCGUUCUGAGGAUGCCAACCUCAGAGACCUCACAGGCAGAGGAUUUUGGCGUUGGCCAGGACACGCGGUCCCACCUGAGUUGA